AUGAACGAGUCAUCACAGACAACAACUCUGCAAGAGUCCAAGACUGACCCGAAGUACGAGCCUAGGGCCUCCAUCGAACACUCUGAAGAUUUCCAUCCCACCGAGGCCCCAAACCCUCACGGCCACCUCCGCCCAGACGGCAAGCGUGAGCUCACCGAGGACGACGCCUUCGACAUCCUCGGCUACUCUUGGCCGACGUGGCGCAAAUGGCAGGUUCUUUCCGUCAUCUUCGCCGUCCAGGUCUCUAUGAACUUCAACGCAUCGGUGUUCCCGAACGCCGUCCCAUUGCUCGCCGACCAUUUCGGGGUGAGUCUGCAGGCGAUGAGAGUCGCCCAGAUGAUAUUCCUCGUGGCGUAUGCUUUCGGGAGUGAGCUAUGGGCACCGUGGAGCGAGGAGCUGGGGAGGUGGCCGAUCCUGCAGUGCAGUUUGUUCUUGGUCAACAUCUGGCAGAUUCUUUGUGGUCUUGCACCCAACUACGGCGCCAUGGUUGUCGGUCGCUUCCUUGGCGGUCUUUCUAGCGCUGGUGGUAGUGUCACUCUCGGAAUGGUCGCUGACAUGUGGGACGCCGACGACCAACAAUACGCCAUUGCCUUCGUCGUUCUCUCCUCCGUCGGUGGCUCCGUCGUCGGCCCCAUCGUUGGCGGCUUUCUCCAAGCCAACCUCGACUGGCACUGGAACUUCUGGGUUCAACUUAUCUUCGGCGGUGUCGUCCAGGCCAUCCACUUUUUCCUCGUUCCAGAGACGUUGCCAAGUGCGAUCUUGGACAAGGAGGCGAAGCGCAGGAGAAAGAUCGCAAAGAAGGGCCGUGCGGGUAGUGGGAAGGUGAACGAGAUGGAUAGGGUGCUCUAUGGGCCCGGCGAAUUGAAGGAGGAGAGGUUCUCAAUGAAGGAGAUCCUGACGACCUGGGCCAGGCCGUUCGAGAUGUUCGCCCGCGAGCCUAUCGUGCUCUUCCUUUCGCUUCUGUCUGGUUUCUCCGACGGUCUCAUCUUCCUCUUCCUCGAUGCCUUCUCGCCUGUGUACGAGCAAUGGGGCUUCGGCACCGUCGAAGUCGGUCUCUCGUUCAUUCCGAUCCUUCUCGGCUACUUCAUCGCAUAUGUCACAUACAUCCCGGCGAUCAUGAAGUUCCGCAAGGAGCAGCGCAGAGACCCCCUGGGUACGCAGCCGGAGGGAAGGCUUUGGUGGCUAUUGUGGACUGCACCUCUUGAACCUAUCGGCCUGUUCGGUUUCGCGUGGACUUCGCUUGGUCCUGGCCACACACACUGGAUCGCACCAAUGAUCUUCUCUGUCCUCAUCGCAAUUGCCAACUUCACGAUCUAUAUGUCGACUAUCGACUACAUGGUGGCGUCGUACGGUGUUUACUCUGCCUCUGCGACGGGAGGCAACGCCUUGGCCAGAGAUUUCAUCGCCGGCAUUUCGGCGAUGUACGCUACGCCUCUGUACUCCAAUCUCGGCCCCCACUCCCUCGAAUGGGCCUCCACCCUCCUCGGUUUCCUCGGCAUUCUCGUCGUCAUCCCCGUCUUCGUCUUUUACUGGAAAGGCCCCCAGAUCCGAGCCGCGUCCAAGUUCGCUCAGACGCUCGCUACUGAGCGUGCUGCGCAUCGGUCGGAUCGCAAACGGCUGACGGAAGAGAACGUCGGGAUGAGGACGGUGGAGAAGCCGGGGCGUGGGAAUGUGAGGGAGGGUGUGAGGACGGGCGAGGCGGGCGAGAUGAAGGAGAAGGCGGUGGGUGAGGUUGAGAAGAUGGAAGAGGAUGUGGGCAUUAGGAGGCACUAGGUGCUUCGCUUCACCCUUCAAGGGAAAUCUCGGUCCUCAAGUCGUUGAGAGCGCUGGCUCGCGACGUUGCAAGAUUGUUGUGUCCUUGCUUCGAAUCAUUGGCCGUGUUGUUUUGCUUCUAAUUUUUGCUAGUUCCGGUCUGUUGUACUGCUCGACUGCUGUUCGCAUUCAAUACCUCACGACCCAGUCACGUCCGUCUCCUUGCUUUCGUGUCUCCAUAUGUAUAUAUAUCAC